AACUGGGGACUCGAAUCGGGUUCCUAAAGAAUCACCACUGGCCCCUGUGAAAGCAGGCCGGACACCACAGAUACCUGCUGAGGGAGAUGAAAGGUGCAAUAAUGAUCCAGGAAUUGAAAUAACACUGAGUGCGGAGGAUGCACCUAAUACCCUCAUGCCAGUCUUGGACCCAGAGCGGACAAAGAGACUAAGUUGCUCAGUUCCUGAUUUCCUACCACAGCAGGACAAUGAUGAAGAAAGUGACGGUCUCUCAGUAAACAUUUUUCACUCGGAUAGACGGAGAAAAAGCAGCACCAAGACGAACAUCAGUGCCUCAUCUGGACUUGCCUCCAUGUCUUCUGGAAGUGUGAUGAACAUUUACGGUGCAGAGUUUGGCCACGUAGGAGUCAGGGGAACCAUUCAGUUUGCCAUUAACUACGUGCCCAAGCUGGGAGAGUUGCAAAUCUUUGUUGUCCAGUGCAGAGACUUGGCAGCUGUAGAGCCUAAGAGGAACCGUUCUGAUCCGUAUGUAAAAUGUUACCUUUUACCUGACAAAACAAAGCUGAGUAAGAGAAAAACAUCUGUGAAGAAGAAGACUCUGAAUCCUAUAUACAAUGAGAUCCUAAGGUAUAAGAUACCUAUGGAGAGCCUGAAAGUCAACACAUUAAACGUGUCUGUUUGGCAUAAUGACACGUUUGGACGGAACAGUUUUCUUGGUGAGGUUGAUAUGGAUUUAUCUGACUGGGACUUCAAUAAUACACACAUGAUGGACUGUGAACUUAAAGAAAGGUUUUCAACACCUUCCAGUCCAACCCGUGGUAAUCACAACAUGGAAGUGAGUGGAGAGAUGAAUGUGGCGUUACGUUUUUUUCUGCAGACGUCUCAAAGUGACAAGACAGUCCAGACUGGCAAGGUUCAAAUCUGGGUAAAAAAAUGCAAGAACCUGCCAUCCAGUGGAGGAACUAUAGACCCAUUUGUCAAAUGCUCGCUUCUCCCGGACACCAACCAGAAAAGCCGGCAGAAAACACGGGUUGUGAAGAAGACGACAAAUCCAGAGUUUAAUCACACCAUGGUGUUUGAUGGUAUCAGACCAGAGGACCUGAGUGAGACCAGUGUUGAGCUUACCGUGUGGGACCACGAUCGACUCAGUAAUCACUUUAUAGGAGGGACGAGGCUUAGCUUGGGAACAGGUAAGAGUCGUGGCACUAAGGUGAACUGGAUGGAUUCUAACUCUAGUGAAGCUGAACUGUGGAAAAGAAUGAUUGAAUCAAAGAAUGAAUGGGUGGAAGACACAGUACCUUUGAGAAUGUUAAUCAUGGCAAAAACUGUGUCCAGAUAGUUGCAGCCUAUAUGUUUGUUUUUGGCAUAUAAUUAAAGAAGCAUAAAAAAUAAAA